UCUGUCUGAGAUGAAUGCAGACGUCCCCUUCUUUCUAAACUAUUCUCUUUUCAGAGCCGGCAGCCCCUUGCUGAGUUGGUCGCAAUCAUUGUUUCUCUGCAGCAUUAACCACAUUCCAGAGAGGCGCAGCGCAUCCUGUCUCCAUCCUCGCAUUCCUUUUACGCAAACGAGUCCCCUACAUAAAACUGUAUUUUAUUUAUACUGCCGGGCACACGGUGUGCAUAAACUUCUGCAGAGUGAAUAUUUACGGUGCAUCCGAUUAUCCACUCGAAUUUGAUUCCUACAAUAGAGCCCGUAAGGAAAAUCUGGAGGAAAAACCAACAAGGGGAAAUUCCUCCGCGCAGCGCGCCAUUGACUGUAGAGACCUUUCAACUUAACAAAAACUGAAGUUGACAAACGUAUCCCUGUCGGCUGAAACUGUGAGAAAGAGUUUGUUUUUUCGGUGAAGGGGGGAAAGAAGAAGAAGACGAUGCGGCGCACGGAGGAGGUUUCUGAGCGCAUUUGUGGUUUCGGUAAAUGAGCGACGGCUGUAACGCGGCGUUUUGUUUUGAUUUCCAUGUGAAAUGCAAUUAGUGCUCUCCGGUCCUCGGUAGUUUGGCUCGCGGAGCGGAGCACACUCUCUGAACUUGUUUCACGCCUCGGGAGCAAAACAUGGAGCAUUAUGAGGAAGAUUUGGGACUCCGGGCCAGUAAAUUGAUGGAGGACCUUUCUUUAUAUGAGGCGUAUAAAGAUGGGAUGUACAAUGCAAGGAGAGACUUGGUGAUUAACCCUGAUUUGGAUUUCUCGGCUCCGGCAGUCGCGGAGCAUAAAAGUAAGCCAAUGAAUGGCACCUCUGUGCUUCACGAGCAGCAUCACACAGUGGAGAAUUACACGUCUGGGAAUAAAGUGUACACCGCGGCUCCGGUGCGCCCCGUGAACGGCAACCGGACCGUUCCUGUGGAUUUUUGUGCCCCUCAAAGAGACGCGGUAUUUAAUAACGAUGAGAGCUGUUGCACCAAAUCCGAAGUGGCUUUGCCGUGUUAUAGCGGCGCUUCCGAGAGGCACAGGAGGUACUCACUGGAGGUGCAGGGCCACAGGUACAGCACCGGCUCUGCUUUCGACGGCGUACCUCUCAACAAGCCGGUAGCUCUGCCUGGCAACAGGUGCAACAGUGUCUGCAUCACCACUAACCAUGACGGGAGAUACAACGCGACCAGUCCGCGGUCCAGCUUGGCAUCGUCUCUGUCCUCACAGGAGCAGAGCAAGCAUGCCAGCCCGAGGUCGAGCAUCAGCAGCCCGCGCACUAGUUUGGUGGUACCGGGCCAGGACAGGUAUACGAGCCCCAGGUCUAGCUUGGUGCACUGUGAAGGCAGCAGUGUCCUCAGCCCCAGAUCCAGCUAUGCAAGCACAGCCAGCGACACGAGUAAGCACUCCAGCCCCAGGGCCAGUCUCAACAGCUACGACUGCUGCAGCAAGCCCAGCAGCAACCGAACCAGCGGCAUCAGCAUGGGCUACGACCAGAGGCACACCAGUCCCAGGUCGAGUACGGCAAGCCAGUACUCGUUCACUACCAGCCCGAGAUCGAGCUACUCUGACUCUCGGUACGGGCCCGUGGGCAACCACGAUCUGGACGGGGGGAUUUUGCACGGAGCACCGCUGGCCAGUCCUCGAUCCAGCAUCUGCAGCCAGGACGGGAGUGCAAGGCCGGGCACCUCGGCCAACUGCGUGGUCAGUCCCCGGUCCAGCAUCUCCAGUCACAGCUCCAGAAGUUCCCGCAGCUCCCGAGGGUCUAUGAGCACCUACCCGGAGCUGCAGCUGCCCUCGCCCCGUUCCUCAAUGCUUGGGAGCAGUUUACACGAAGACACGCUGCUGCAUGACUUCUCGGACUCCAGCGGGGUCCAGAGCCGCGUCCACAACCCGGGGCUCUCGGCGGUGCCGGAGCCGCAGCAGCAGGUAGUUCAGACGGGGACGAGCGCAGAGAUGACCGCGGGCUCUCCUUCUUCGUUUGGUUAUGGGGUUUCCUCGAAAACAAGUGUCUCCGGCCAGAGGUUUAAACUACCUUACCAGGUAACCCCGAGCCGGGAAAGCGGUCCAAGCCAGGCGGAGAGAAGGCUGGAGGCGCUUACCUUGGAGCUAGAAAAGGAGUUAGAGAUGCACAUGAAAAAAGAAUACUUUGGUAUUUGUAUCAAAUGUGGGAAGGGUGUGUACGGAGCCAGCCAAGCCUGCCAGGCGAUGGGGAACCUGUACCACACAAACUGCUUCACCUGCUGCUCCUGUGGGAGGAGGCUGAGAGGAAAAGCUUUCUACAACGUCAACGGCAAGGUCUACUGUGAGGAGGAUUUCCUGUACUCCGGUUUCCAGCAGACGGCUGAGAAGUGCUUUGUGUGUGGUCACCUCAUCAUGGAGAUGAUCCUGCAGGCACUGGGCAAGUCUUACCAUCCUGGCUGUUUCCGCUGCGUGGUGUGUAAAGAGGGCCUGGACGGCGUGCCUUUCACUGUGGACGUCGAGAACAAUAUCUACUGUGUCAAAGACUACCACACGGUCUUUGCUCCCAAAUGUGCCUCCUGCAACCAGCCCAUCCUCCCUGCCCAGGGCUCUGAGGAAACUAUUCGGGUGGUGUCUAUGGACAAGGACUACCAUGUGGAGUGUUAUCACUGUGAGGACUGUGGCCUCCAGCUAAAUGACGAGGAGGGCCACCGCUGUUAUCCUCUGGAAGGCCACCUGCUCUGCCAUGGCUGCCACAUUCACCGGCUCAAGUCCCAGGUUCCCAGCCACCCUCCCCCCAGCUACCCCCUCCAUGUCACCGAGCUGUGAUAGGGAGGGGGCAGGGGAGUAGGCAGCAACCAAGCCCCGCCUCCCAGGUGGCCUGAGACUCCAGCAGCUGGAAGAAAGGCCUGAAUCCCCUUGGUUUGCACAGCCAGCAGUCCCAAGGAGGCUUCUGUGCAGCCAUCAGAGCUGGUGCCUUUGCCCUCAAUGGGACGGACAGGCCAUGGACUUACACACACGGGACAGCUCCCACCGCAAGCCCUGUCAUCAUGUAACGAGGCUGGGAAAAAGGAUUCGCCUCCUCCUCCAUCUGUGGUUUAUUCCAUUCCCCUCCUUUCGGGCUUCGAAUGCUGAAAGCCAAGACCCCAGCCCACCCAGAGGCCCCCGGUGACGUCAGAGCCCCUGACCCCUGCACAUUCAACACAGAGAGGGGCAUGGACUGGACGAGAGGAAGCGGACUUUCUCUCUCUUAACUUCCCUCUCUUUCAUUCCAUGGCUUUUUCAUUUUUUUUGUGCUGACUGAACCGGUGUACUAUGAUAAAUUCACCACUGCUGUCACCAGUGCAAAUGCUGCACAUCUCAGUAUCAGGUUGGCCAGGGAACAAGCCUCUACAUUCCAGUGCUGGCCGGGUUGGAUGGGUCCCCAGGGUGGGCAUGCUGUGCCUUCAGAGGGGUUUUAUCAAUGCGGCUUGCCACACAGAGACGAAGCCCCGCUACAGGUUAUGCAAAGGGCACCCAGCACCAUGAAACAGGGCUGUGAGAAAGACAAAACUCAUCGCCCCUCCCUGCUAUAACAGAUGCACCAUAGUGCCAACGGCACUGCCGCAGGCCCGGAGGACUGACUGGCAUUCCACUUAGAAGUCUUAGACAUGACCUUGAGAGAUUCACAAGCAGUGUCUUAAUUAAUGAUUAUAUUAUGACAGAAAAAAAGAAACACUUAGAUGCACAUAGAUUGUCUUUUAUAUAUGAAUAUAUAUUUUGCAGAUGUUUUCCACAUAAGAACCUAGAAGUAGUUUCUUGUUGUUUUUGUUGCUGCAUUCAUAAGAGUUGGAGGCGAAAAACCACACUGUAACAGUCUGAAGCCUCUGAAGAUCAUGGGUCUGUCAUAUCAUUUCUCCUCAGAAGACAUGGGGCCUCUGCAGGCAUCCAUCUGCCAGUGGGUCAGAGAUCUGUGGGCGUUUUGGGACCAGAACUGGCUCAGAUAGUGUUUGCCAAUUUUAAGCAUUUGUUUUAUCCCAUUUCAGGAUGGAAUGGGGUUUGCCAAAUCAGUUUUUAUGAGUGCUAGACCAUGGCUGCUCACUUUGUGACUUUGUAGCUUUUUAUUUAUUUUUUUCAGUUUUUUUUCAGUUGUCAGUCUUUCAUUGCCCAAAAUCAACUAGUGACAAAUCUAAUUACUUUUUCAGCCACUGGUGAACAGUAUUACUGUCUUGAUCCCCAAUAAAUUUGGCAUCAAGUUGAUAUGGCUGAUGCGAAUUCACGCUUGUACAAUUGCGCUAAUUGCUGGUCUAAUCCCAACGAAUCUGAUGAUAACAGUGCUCCUCAUAUACAGAAUAGCCCGUCCCGCAGCAAAAAGCGGGCAGCUGAGCCAAUAUGUUGAACAACAAUUGGCGCAUGACAUCAUCGAGUGUCCUCUAGUGAUUUCUUUUCAGCGGCCACUAGCAACUUUCCUUGGAAGAGAGACACGUCUAAAGGUCUGAGUUAAAUUUGUGGGUUGAGUAACUUCUUUUUUGUCUUUGACUCACAACUUACCUGACACUGCCUGAGUUGUCCUGUUCGGCAAACCCCACCCAUCUGGUUCUGAAAGUGGAAUGAAACAAAAAUGUAAGGAUCAUAUGCAAAAACCAUUCACCCUGAGUCUAUUUGGGGACUCUGUUUCUUGGUAUUUUCCAAGAUGUUGUUUUUGUCAUAUGAGUGCUGACAGCACAGUGUGCUACUUUGAAGAACCUGCACUUGUCCUCACGCCUUAAGAAAUAACCAGCAAGUUUGAGUGUGUCACUCUGGUCUGCCAUGUAGUUCGUUCUUGUGUUUUGGGAGGAGGUCCCUGAAAUCCCGGAGUUGCUGGUCCCACCCGUGUCUCUAGGGAGUCUCCCAUGUUUCCCUUGUUGGUUGUCUUGUUGUCUGGCUUUAUCUGCGACUGUGGUAGUGACUGUAUGUUAACAUAAGUGUGUAAAUGUCUUGUUGUCUGUGUGUGCAUGCAUGUUAAACUGUUGCAUGUACGCAUAAUGUGUAUAAAUGGCUAAAUGAGUGUGUGUGCAGGCAGGUGCUUGCAUGUGUGCUUGAGUCAACAGCUGUGUUAGAGGUGAACAUGAUUGUACGUGUGUGCGCGUGCGCGCGUGUGUGUGUGUGUGUGUGUUUGUGUGUGCGCACGCACGCAGAACAACUCUGAUUCAGAGUUGGCAUACGUCAUGAGCCUAUGUCCUUCAGUCAAGACAAAAACCACAGCAGUCACAUUUCAUGUUCACAUUCCCUUCAAGAGAAGCACUUGCCUUUAAUUUUGAAAAAUUGAAAAUGCCAUGGACCUGAAGAGAAUCAUAGCUUGGAUUGAACGCCUAAAUGCUGUGCCAUAUUUCCAGUGAUACCAUAGCCUUUUAUGAAUUAGCACAGUGUACACUUGCAUCAUCAUAUUGUUUGACCUAUAAUAGGUCGAUUUGUGUUGGCCUCUGUGCAAACCUAAUCAAAAACACACCAUGGCCAUAUUACACAUGCCUUUUUUUUUCCAGAGCAGACAUUGUGUUGUAGAAAAAAGAACAUUGCAAGUGAGAGAUGUCUGUGAACAUAUCUUUCUGGGAGAAUCUGUGCCAAGCAAGAGCUGCCAUAUGCACACAAGGCUGAAGACUGAAAGAUGACAUGUGCGAUUUGCUGGUUAACCCCCCCCCCCCCCCCCCCCCCCCCCCCCCCACCAACAUGCGCUUCUCUCAACUCUGAAUACGAGCUAGAACAUGUAAAUCUCCCAGCUGUCUGUGUGUGUGUGUGUGUGUGUGUGUGUGUGUGUGCGUGUGUACCAGUGGCAGGGCCAUGGCACAUGCACCUCACUGUGUUUGCAGGGCAGCGCAGCAUCCAACACCACAUAACGACCCCUGUUCUUUCUCUUGUUUCCAACACACUAAAUCAUUUGAAUUUCGCUCCAGUGCAGGUCUUCUUCAGAUAGUACUGGUACAACACUUAGUGUUUGUUACAGCUUCCAGGCAGUACUGCAUUGUUUUUUUGUUUGUUUGUUUGUUUGUUUUUUAACCACAUCAUGACAGUUCAGAGUGUCGGCAAAGCUGCCAUUACUAGAAAACAUGCACUCACUUGACAUUCAGAUGGUUUCCUCUGAUAGUUUAAAAGUCUUAACAGUGAGUGUGUUGUGGUUAACCCCACCCAUCUGGUACCCCAGUCACAGUAUAACAAGCACAGGUGAUUAUUUGCAGACUGUUUGGUCUGGGUGAUGUUCACUGUAGCACACAUGCAGGUCUCACUACGUACUACUGAAUCAUUUAAUAAAGAGGCUGAAAUCGUGGUUAAAGGCACAAGUCGACAUAGGCGUCCAGUGCUUUCUGAUGUAACCUGAUGUAAUGAGAUUCAUUCGAAUGUAAAAAUGAGUGGUGUGUGUUUGACAAACAGGUUAUAUAUUUGAUAAAGCAAAAAAAAAAAAAAAAAAGGUUAAGAAAUGGCAUUCCCCUUGUUAUUGGAUGUGCUCAAACUCAUAGCACAAGUCGAGAAAUAGAUCUGUUAUACAUGACGAGUCUUCACAAUACAGCCCCUGUAUCGAACCGGAAUGGUGAGGAUGCUUAACCUUGACCAGAGCAUAUCCCUUUCAAAGACUUCUUAAUUCACCUCUUAAAAAGUACUACUUCAAUUUCUAUUACAUAGCACACAGCUAGUUUCCCUGUACAUAAAGAGGCUAGUUUUUUUUUUUUUUUUCAUUUUCUGUCAAGAAAUCACUUUGAAACAGAAGGCCUCUUCUCCUACUGCUAGUUCCGAUAAGCACAUGUCACACGUCUUUUGUAUCGCUAAGUGUUUUGAUUACCUAGAUGGUUCAUAAAAAAAAGGAAACUAGAUCUAUUUAUCUAAACAUGAAAAAAGUCUAAAGUUAUUUAAUGUAUUAAAAUCAGGACGUAUCAUUUAACUGUAGAUGAUAUAAUCUGCUUUUUCAAAUAAAGUGGUUUUGUAGCUAACUUCA